AUGACAGAAGAGUGUUCACUUAAUAUCCGACCAAGUACACUAAAGGGUGGAGGGCGACGCGAGGGUGCUGAAGCGGGGGGAUGCGCGUACGGCGGCAGGCGCGCUCCACCCGCUCCCCCGCCGCCCGCGCCCCCUGUGCCCCCAGCACCCCUCCCGCCAUCAACCCCGCACCCGUUGCGCGCCCUGGAUGACAUGCCGCCAGUACUUAGGUCUAAUCCAAUAUACACGGAGGAAGAGGAGCAAGAGGUAGUGAUAAUUGUGGAUUCGCUAGAGGCGCCGGAGGUUGAAGUCCCUGAUGCUCCUCGCGUCCCACGUCGCGCCCCUUCCACCUCUUCAGGCUACGGCAGCGGCGGCGGUAGCCAUGGCCGCGUAUCGCCAACAUUACCAAAGAUCGAAACUUAUGAGCCGGAGCCGACACGACGGCUGUCCGACUGCGAAAAGACCGAAGGAUCUCAUACCACGUCCGACUCUGACGCAAGUCCGACUUGUACACUGUCUAGGAGCUUGAAGGAUGAUAUUAGAUCAUGUUUAGCAGGGUGCAGUGAGUACCGGUGUUCCCCCGGUGUGGGUAAAUGGGAGCGGGAGGUGGAGGCGGUGGUGGCGGCGGCGGCGCGGGGCGCGGGCGGGGCGGGCGCGGCUCGCGCUCGCUUGCAGGCGGCGCUGCGGGCGCUGCACGAGCCCGCGCUGCGCUACUGCGGGCCCGGAGUGCGACCCGGUGACGUCACCAUGCUGCCCAAGAACAACCUCUCCUUACUGGCUGCAAGCGCUCUUUUCACGUUGGACGGAGCAAGGGGCGAAGCAUUGGCCAGGCGCCUAGCUAGAGGGGAGAAGCGUCGGAGACGCUGCCGUGCUGCCCUAGCCAUUAUUGGCCUCCUUUUGCUGCUUGCUGCCGUCUGCGCAGUGGAACUGUUGAUGUCGCGAGGACAACGAGUCUUUGGGGCGGUCAUACGAUGA